AUGCCACUAAUCAACUUUAUGCGCCGCAACUUGGUGCUAUCCACAUGCGUUGCCAUGCUGGUAAUGGUGUUUCUGUUCACACAGCCGAGCGUGGAUGCAGAGCGGUUAAGAAACAUGAUUCCGCAUCGGCCAAGCACGCCGGGUUCAUCGAACCAGAACGUUACCAUUCCUGACCAUGUCCUCGCGCAGUCGACGGCCGUACCUCCGGCGUCCACAGAAUCGCCUAGCGCUCAAGCAAACGCCUCCGGGGAGGCACCAAAGCCGGGCCACCAGAAAGGCACGAAGAAGGUCCGGACAUCGCAGCUGCACUACCUGAUACCCGCAAGUAGAGCAAACGUCCAGCUUUGCUACAACCUUGUCUCCUCGGCAGUCAAUAGAUACCCGGUCCCCACGCUGCUCGGCUGGAACGGUGCCGGCGAAUUUGAUGCCGCCGUGACACACCUAGCCAAGCUACGGGCCAUGCAACGGUACCUUCGCGCCUUACAACCGCAAGAGGACAAGGACCUCGUGCUUAUAGUCGACGGGUACGACAUUAUCCAGCAACUGCCGCCCGAAGUCAUCAUCGAGCGCUACUUUGACAUUGCCGCCCAUGCCGACGUCCAGCUCGCCGAGAGGUUCGGGAUUUCGACCGGGGAGGCCAGGGAGCGCAACCUCCGGCAGACCAUCUUCUGGGGUCCCGACAAGAUUUGCUUCCCCAUGGAGCCCCGGGCACCUCGCUGCUGGGCAGCCCCGCCCUCUUCAUUGGGGCCGCACGCCUUUGGACCAGCCUCAUGGACCGGAGAUAUGAUCUUUGCAGAUCCACGCUGGUUGAACUCGGGCACUGUUAUCGGUCCCGUCGACGACGUGAGAAGGCUCAUCGAUGCUACCAUGGACGAGAUAGACGCUACACAUAACCCUGAGUACGAGUUUCGCGAGUCGGACCAGUACUAUAUCUCAAACGUCUGGGCUCGGCAAGAGUACUGGCGAUCCAAGACGGCGGCGAAAGGGGGAGAGGUGCCAGGCGGGCCUCCUGAUCGCGUCAUCCCCGACAAACGAUCUGACGGCCAAGACACGGAGUUUCACGCAUCUAUCGAAUACGAGUCGGCUUUGUUCCAGACCAAAGCUGGAUACGAGCCCUUCAUUGGCUAUCUGCAGUUUAACGAGAGCGGACUCGCGGCUACAAUGAACGUUGACAUGUUUGGCCUUGGCGACAAAUUUGCGCCCUUUACGAUACCCAUGCCCGAGAACGUGCACUCUGCGCUCACGAAGCUCUACGAUUCGAUACCCGAAGCACAUCCCGGACAACUGUCCAGCGACUGGAUUCGCACAGUCAACCUUGGUGUCAACUACGUGACCAAACACAUCUAUGGCCUUUGGCACUGCACGGGACCAAAGGAGUUUAUCGACAGAGAGUAUCCCACGUUUUGGUGGUAUCCCUUUGUCAAGUCGCUGCUCAAGGCGGCGGUCCGGUCAUCCCAGUCAAACGACCUCAUAACCUCGCGGCCCAUCGACGGGCGCAUGUGGGUAGCCAAGACAAGGUACCCAGACGACGAAGCCUUGCACGAAGAGUACGGAGGUGCAUGGUCGGACGAGGUGCCCGGAGGAAUGUUUGUGCCCUGGAGCCAAGUAUGUGGCCCUCACGAGGAACUACUCUUCCGGGGUGAACAGGGUCCAAUAUUGGUGCCGGCGUCGCCACCUUCUGGUCCGCUGGUGAGGCGAGUGCAGGUGAGGCAGCAAUGGUAGCCCGAGGUACGGUCGAUGUGGGUGUUUCGGAGGGAGUCAUUUCAUAUAUCCCCGGCGUUCAGUUACUAUACCCAGAGUUCAGGGGACAGGACUUGAUGCUGUCCCCUGACCAACCAUAACAGACUAGUAUAGCAAGGAGUCUUGGCAUCAUCAUGUAACAUGAAUAGGGCGUUGGGUAAAGGGGCAUUUGGUGCUGCUUGGGUCGGUGGUCGCUCGGCUGCCGGGCAGGUACAUGGUACAACUGGCCCCCUGAUAUGGAAUAGGGUGUGGAGAUGAAACGAAGUAAUGUUCCC